ACAUUGUGAAAAUAAUUCUCUUUGGAAGCGGUUGUGCAAUUAAAAUAAGUCUAGUAUAAAUUGAGACUUCAUACAUAUAUCGUUAUGGAUAAUCCUGCAAAAAUCGACAAUGCAGCUCCUUUGCCGCAACGCCAAGGCCGCGGCAAUCAGCAAAAUAAAAAUAUUGGCAAGCAUGGACCGCAAAGGCAAAACGACAGUAACAACGAUGGUGGUCCGGCUGAAAAAAGACAACGUCCUAACAACAAUCAGAAUGCUAGCGGCAGCAGCGGAGGGCAAAAUCAAAAUCAAAAUAAGAAUUUUGGCAACAAGGGUGGUGGAUUCGGCAACCGCAAUCGCAAUCGUGGCGGCAAUCCAAACAGGUCGAAUUUUCAAAAUGCAAGUAAUGUGAAUCAAAGGUCAGCAACAGAAGUAAAAGUGGAAGGCGGAAUUAAUGUGGAAGGAGGAAUUAAAGUGGAAGGAGGCGCUAAUGCCAAUCAGCAGCAGCAGCAACAACAGCAGCAGCAGCAGCAGCAGCCGCCACAGAUGCAGACGCAGGCUCAAGGUCCAGGACCACAGGGACUAGGCUUGCCUCAAGGUCCAAAUCACAGUUUGAAUCAUAAUGCGAAUCAAGGACAGAUGCAAGGACAGGCGCAGGGUCAAUCGUUUAGAGGACGUGGCGGUGGCGGUGGAGGAGGGGGCGGUGGCGGUGGCGGUGGUCCACAGCAGCGUGACAGGCAUCGUGGACAGCGUGGCAUGGGUGGCGGCGGAGGUGGAGGUGGUCAGAACUCUGGCAACGGUGAGCGCGGCGGCGGCAAUGGUGGCGGCGGUGGUGGUGGCAAUCAACGCGGUGGCGGUGAAGAUUUCUACAUUGGUCAACGCUUGCGAGUGAUUGGCGGCCCCACACAUGAGCUGCCACCAAUUGAGGUAGCCCAGGAAACCAAAUUCUCUGGCCGCAAUCGCUUGUAUGUGGGUAAUCUCACCAAUGAUAUAACCGAUGAGGAGUUGCGUGAAAUGUUCAAGCCCUAUGGCGAGAUCUCUGAAAUAUUCUCCAAUCUGGAGAAGAAUUUUACAUUCCUCAAGGUUGAUUACCACAUCAAUGCGGAGAAGGCCAAGCGCGCCUUAGAUGGCACCAUGCGCAAAGGUCGUCCGCUGCGCGUACGCUUUGCUCCCAAUGCCACCAUAUUGCGCAUCAGCAAUCUUACCCCAUUUGUCUCCAACGAACUGUUGUACAAGGCCUUUGAGAUCUUUGGCCCUGUCGAGCGUGCCAGCAUUACGGUCGAUGAUCGUGGCAAGCAUAUGGGCGAGGGCACUGUAGAGUUUGCUAAGAAGUCUUCGGCCAGCGCCUGUCUGCGUCUCUGCAAUGAGAAGUGCUACUUUCUGACCGCCUCGCUGCGUCCCUGUCUGGUGGAGCCCAUGGAGAUUAAUGACGACAACGAUGGCCUGCCCGAGAAGGCCCUAAACAAGAAAAUGCAGGAGUUUAAUCAUGAGCGCAACAUUGGGCCACGUUUUGCCGAUCCGAAUUCAUUUGAGCACGAGUAUGGCUCACGCUGGAAGCAAUUGCAUGAUCUAUUCAAGAGCAAGCAGGAUGCUCUCAAGCGUGAACUCAAAAUGGAGGAGGAGAAACUUGAGGCACAGAUGGAGUACGCACGCUAUGAGCAAGAAACUGAACUGUUGCGUCAAGAGUUAAGAAAACGCGAAUCGGACAACGAGCGCAAGAAGAUCGAAUGGGAAAUGCGUGAGAAGCAGGCCGAGGAGAUGCGCAAGCGUGAGGAGGAAACCAUGAGUCGCCAUCAAAAUGAAAUGCAAACUCGCAUGGUGCGCCAGGAGGAGGAUAUGCGUCGUCGCCAGCAGGAGAAUUCGCUGUUCCUGCAGGCGCGACAGUUGCAUUCAAUGCUUGAUCAGCAGGAAGGAUUUGGCGGCAACGGCGGACCUGGCAACAAUUUUGAUAACUUUGAAAACAAUUCACCCUUUGAAGUUUUCAGAUCCAACAACAACUCGACUAUGGUUGGCAAUAAUGCUGGGCCUGGUCCAAAUCAACAGCAGGCGCUGUUAAACGAUGAUAAUGAUGAGCUGGAUAUAGCAUGGUGGAUCAAGCAGAACCAGCAGCCACUGUACAAAUACAAAUACGUAUAUAAAAGACAUCAGCAUAAUAAAAUCCGUCAAAUAAUAAAAAUUAAAACAAAUUGUGUAUUUAUGUAUAGAGAUGGCAAAGUUACAUAGAGUCAAC